CGCCUGCCUUGACAGCGCGGACCGCCGCCUGCCCGCCUGCCUGCCUUUGGCUCAGUCCUUUUUGCGCGCAAGGCGAGGCGAGGCGAGCCGGGGCUGAUCCUGCGCCCGCCGGAGAUGCGCCUCCGGGGGCUCGGCUGGUGAGCUCGCUGCCCUUCCCCAAAUACCCCGGGACUCGCUUCCUUCUCUCUCCCCAGCCACUCCGGUGCCAAGAUGACGGUGGAAUUCGAGGAGUGCAUCAAGGACUCGCCCCGAUUCCGGGCGACCAUCGAUGAAGUGGAAACAGAUGUCGUGGAAAUCGAGGCCAAGCUCGACAAGCUGGUGAAGCUAUGCAGUAAUAUGAUCGAUGCCGGCAAAGCCUACAUCAUCACCAACAAGCAGUUUGUCGGCGGGGUGCGGGAUCUUUCCCAACAGUGCAAGAAGGAUGAGAUGAUCUCGGAAUGCCUGGACAAGUUUGGAGACAGCCUGCAAGAGAUGGUCAACUAUCAUAUGAUCCUUUUUGACCAAGCGCAGAGGUCUGUCCGGCAACAGCUGCACAAUUUUGUGAAAGAUGAUGUUCGGAAAUUCAAGGAGACCAAGAAGCAGUUCGAUAAAGUGCGGGAAGAUAUGGAGAUCGCUUUGGUCAAGAACGCCCAGGCCCCACGGCACAAGCCCCACGAGGUGGAAGAGGCCACGGGCACCUUGACCAUCACCAGGAAAUGUUUCCGGCACUUAGCCCUGGACUACGUCUUACAGAUCAAUGUCCUCCAGGCCAAGAAGAAAUUUGAAAUCUUGGAUGCGAUGUUAUCCUUUAUGCAUGCCCAGUACACAUUUUUCCAGCAAGGCUACAGCCUUCUUCAUGAGCUGGAUCCCUAUAUGAAGAAGCUGGCUACCGAGCUGGACCAGUUGGUGAUCGACUCUGCUGUGGAGAAGAGAGAGAUGGAACACAAGCAUGCCCUCAUUCAACAACGGACUCUUUUGCAGGACUUCUCCUACGAUGACUCCAAAGUGGAAUUCAACGUUGACGCCCCCAAUGGCGUGGUGAUGGAAGGCUACCUCUUCAAGAGAGCGAGUAACGCUUUCAAAACCUGGAUCCGAAGCUGCAUGCUGCAAGCCGAUUCGGAGAAGCUGCGCCAGGCAUGGAUCCAGGCCGUUCAAGCCAGCAUCGCCUCGGCCUAUCGGGAGAGCCCUGACAGCUGCUACAUUGAAAGACUGGACCGAACAGCCUCUCCUUCGACCAGCAGUAUCGACUCCGCCACCGACUCCCGAGACCGGAGUGGCAAAUGCGAGACCAUCCUACAGAGGGUCCAGAGCAUCUCAGGCAAUGACCAGUGCUGUGACUGCGGACAAGCCGACCCUCGAUGGGCUAGCAUCAACUUGGGGAUCUUACUAUGCAUCGAAUGUUCUGGGAUACACAGGAGCUUGGGGGUACAUUGUUCCAAGGUGCGGUCACUCACGUUGGAUUCCUGGGAGCCAGAGCUGCUGAAGCUGAUGUGUGAGCUGGGCAACACCACCAUGAAUCAGAUCUACGAGGCCCAGUGUGAGGAGACGGGACUGAAGAAGCCCACGGCAGGCAGUUCCAGGCAAGACAAAGAAGCCUGGAUCAAAAUCAAAUACGUGGAGAAGAGAUUCUUAAAGAAGUUGCCCGCUGGCCAGACCCUGGCGGAGAGCGAACGGAAGCCUAGGCGCUGGAGCGUCAAGAAGUGCCAGAGGCGAAAUAGCGCUACGAAGGUGCCAGUGGCACGUCGGAAGUACCGCCACGAAGCAGGAAACGCCUCCCCAGCGGCACAUUCUUCAGCGGCCACCCUGGAGCGGAAAUUUCGCCGGGACUCCCUUUUCUGCCCGGACGAACUGGAUUCCCUCUUCUCCUACUUCGACACGGGCGCCGGAGCGGGGCCACGCAGUCUGAGCAGUGACAGCGGGCUAGGCGGAAGUACCGACGGCAGCACUGACAUCCUGGUGUUCGGCUCGGUGGUGGACAGCGUCACGGAAGAAGAGUGCGAAGUUUCGGAGGAAUCCAGCGGAGAAGCCGAGAUCGAGCAGGAAGCCUCCGACCUGGAAGACCUGCGGGAGCUCCACCCGGGCUUACUCGUUUACAAGGCGUCACGGGCCCGGAACCUGCCCGUCAUGGCGGAGGCCUUGGCCCACGGGGCGGACGUCAACUGGGUGAACGACGAAGACGAGAGCAAAACCCCGUUGAUUCAAGCCGUCAUGGGGGGUUCCUUGAUAGCCUGUGAAUUUUUGCUCCAGAACGGAGCGGACGUUAACCAAAGAGAUAUACGGGGUCGCGCCCCUCUGCAUCACGCAACGUAUUUGGGCCAUACCGGCCAGGUCUGCUUAUUCCUAAAACGAGGAGCCAACCAGCAUGCGGUAGACGAGGAUGGGCAGGAUCCCUUGAGCAUUGCGGUGCAGGCUGCCAACGCGGACAUUGUGACUCUGCUGCGUCUGGCGCGAAUGAACGAAGAGAUGCGCGAAGCCGAGGCUCCGUUUGGGCACCCAGGUCAAUAUGCUAACAACAGUCCGACAGAACUCCAGUACAAAAAAUGUAUACAGGAGUUCAUCAGCCUUAACAUAGAUCAGUGUUAGUGACUUCUCUCACAAGCCUGCUGCUUCCUCCUCCUCCUCCUCUUCCUCCUCCUUUCGGGUCGAAAUUUAUGGAUGCGGGACUGAGCCCCGGGGGAAACCAACGAACUGUACCUGAGUCGGGAUGGGGUGGGGGUGGGGAGUUUUCCAUUCCAAUUGUGAAAGACCGCAAGGGGACGAACGCGGUGCUCCUGGAAAGGGAAAGAGAGAGAGAGAGAGAGACGGAGAGAAAUCUGGGAGAGACCGCUUUAAAUAAUAAUAAUAAUAAUAAAUCCACAUAAAAUAUUUCUAAUUUGGUUUGCAGAAGAGGCUCCUAUCCGGGGACCAACCUGCAGAUCUAUUUGGGGAGAGAGAGCACAGCGGGGAUUCAACACAAAAGUUUAUUAUAUAGGAUUUAU